UCUUACUCUGGGUCUCAGGCUGGAAUACUGCGUGUUCCUGGGCCCGCCUGGACGAAUGGCACGUAUUUCUCUCUAACCGGUACACUUCUGGCAUCACUAAAUGGGGCGGCAGAUUGCACCAACGUGCGCUCUUCACCGAUAGUACUGCUUACAUAGUGCUGUUACGCCGAUGGGACCUAACAUCUGAUGAUACAAGUUUGCAUUUAGUUUUGUGACUGGAUUCUGGCGAAAACGCACAGUAAUGAGCGGAGGAGAAAUCAUCUGUCAAGGCUGGCUUAGAAAGUCACCACCGGAGAAGAAACUACGAAGAUAUGCAUGGAAAAAACGGUGGUUUAUCCUGCGCAGCGGACGAAUGAGUGGCGACCCAGACGUGCUAGAGUACUACAAAAAUGACCACUCGAAAAAGCCCAUCCGGAUCAUCGACCUUCACUGCUGUGAGCAGGUGGACGCUGGCCUCACAUUCAAACGCAAGGAGUUCCAGGACAGCUUCGUCUUCGACAUCAAAACCUCAGAGCGCACCUUUUACCUGGUCGCCGAGACCGAGGAGGAAAUGAACCGAUGGGUGCGGUCUAUCUGUCAGCUGUGUGGAUUCAACCAAUCAGAGGACAACCACGAUGAAAGGUCUUCCACCAGCCACAUGCCACGUUCCAUGGCCAGUGACCUCAGUGGCUCUCUGGCUCCUCUGAUUGGUGAACGCAAAUCUUCAAUGCCCUCCCAUUCCAGCCAACCAAUGCUGUUCACAUUUGACGUUCCUGUGCGCCACCCCCAUGGCCCCCUCUCCAACAGUGCCCCCCAGGACUAUCUCCUUCUCCACCAGUGCAUGAGCAGGAAGAGCGAGAGUGCACGGAGUGCCAGUUUUUCACAGGCGUCACGCAGUAGUCUGUUGGUGGGCAGUGACUCCGCGGUGCAGAAGCUCACUCAUGGUUUCUCCCACUGUCUGAAUGGAAUGGGUAGCCAGUUGCACGGCUUCUACAGUCUGCCCAAGUCCGGAAAACACCAGCUGCCAUCUCGCGCCGACUCCCCCCACGACGCCUGCUACGUUCUCCCGCGGCCCUACGCCUCCGAGGCCCCUCCCCACGCCAGCCUGUCAGAGCUGGAUCUGGAAAACGACGACAUCUACACUUACAAGACUCCCUGCAACGCUCUGGCCAAUCCGCUCAGCAACGAACGACCGCCGGACAAUUACGACCUGCCCACCACCCCCGGCUCUUUUUACCAGAUCCCGCGGACGUUCGAUAAGAACCACAACGCCCUGACGCCGUCCAGCGCGGACUCGUCCAACGGCCCCCCGCCCAGGCCCCCCAAACCCAGCCAAGGUUCAGAGCUGCGCUGGGGAAGUCCCCAUUCGCUAGGAGCACAUAACGGAGAGGUGAACUCUGUAUCGGCGGUGAUCCCCAGGAGGAACACUCUACCUGCUGUAGAGAAUAUCAGGCUUCAUAGAGGCUCUUCCUUUGAGACCAACAGUCACCAGCGCCCAAUCUAUUUCAAUAACUCAGGCCAAUCUGUGGAGUCAGUUAACGACGGCUUCAGUUCUUACCUGAGAACGAAGGCCCCUCUGACCCGAUCGGACAGCGGCGACUCGGAAGAUAACUAUGUACCCAUGAACCCUGGCUCUUCGUCUUCUCCCCUCAACGCGGCCCUGGCAGACAGUCCAAAGAACAACUACAUUCCCAUGAGCCCCGGGCCACAUCAUUUUGACUUCCCAGGGUUCUCGGCCACCCUCCCAGCAAGGAAAGGCAGCACAGCGUCUCUGUCCCAUCGGCCUGGCCGUCUGAGUGACGUCACACCCCCACCCAUUAACCGCAACCUAAAACCCAACAGGAAGGCAAAGCCGACGCCCCUCGACUUGAGAAAUAACGGCAUCAUUGACGAGCUGCCAUUCAACAGCCCCAUUACCAAGUCCUGGACAAGACCCAUGCCUAUCAUGAACUCGAUCUCAUCUCAGCACUGUCGGCCAAUCUCCACCCAAAGCAUCACCAGCACUGACUCCGCAGACAGUGAGGAGAACUACGUGGCAAUGCAAAACCCGGCCUCUACCUCACCAGCAGUUAGCGGCACCAGCAGCCCUGCACCCAGGAAAUGUGGAAAUGUGGACUACCUGGCUCUGGAUUUCCAGCCUGGAUCCCCCAGCCCUCACAGAAAGCCCUCCACAUCAUCUGUGACCUCAGACGAAAAGGUGGACUACGUGCAAGUGGACAAAGAGAAGACGCAAGCGCUACAGAACACCAUGCAGGAGUGGACAGACGUGCGACAGUCCUCUGAGCCAGCCAAAGGGGUCAAGUCCUGA